AAAAAAAAAAAAAAAAAAAAGGAGCGGGAGAUCCGGAGAAGUCCUCCCCGCCGGAGCGCGUCUGAAUGCGGGGAAGAGAGGCACGGAACCCCGGGGGGCUGCGGUGGUCUUCUACGUCACUCAAGCCGAAUCCACGGUUCUUGUCUUUCGGAGUAAACCAAGAAAAGCAAGCGAGGGAGUGAAUUAAGUCCUUUUUUCACCUUUUUGGGGAGAAAAUUCACCUUUUUUUGCAUAAAUUGGAACAAAGUGGUGCGCUGGAUGAAUGCGCCUCGAACACAGCUCGUGGUUGCCUCCCGCGUGCAGCUCCUCCGUUGACGCAAAGAAGGACGUGGGAGUGGGAGUGGGUCGUGUCUCGGUGCCUAUCACUCACGGGAGGAGAGGACACGGCUUGCCCGGGCGAUGGGGAGAAGCGCGCAGUGGGCAAUUGCGAGCGGAAACCGGAUGCCGCAGACCUGAAAAAGCAGGGUUUUUUUUACCCCCCCUUGCUCCUGGAGGAGUUUAUCUACGGAUUUCUUCUUAUACUUUUUGUUUUUUUCUGGUGGAGAACGAACCGAGGAUGCAUUGUGGAUUAGUCCUGACCCUGUUGACGGGGACGCUCUCAGUGGUUCUGGCGUUCAAAAACGACAAAUGCGGGGGGAACGUCCGCAUCUCAAACGCCAACUACCUCACUUCGCCCGGGUACCCCAUGUCGUACGCCUCCUCCCAGCGCUGCGCGUGGGUGAUCACGGCCCCGGGCCCCCACCAGCGGAUCCUCAUCAACUUCAAUCCACAUUUUGACCUGGAGGACCGGGAGUGCAAGUACGACUACGUAGAAGUGAGAGACGGCGUGGACGAGAGCGGUCAGCUGGUGGGGAAGUACUGCGGCAAGAUCGCCCCGUCGCCCGUGGUCUCCUCCGGGAACCAGCUCUUCAUCAAGUUUGUGUCCGACUACGAGACCCACGGAGCGGGGUUCUCCAUCCGAUACGAGAUCUUCAAGACGGGUCCCGAAUGCUCCAGGAACUUCACGGCCAACGGCGGCGUCAUCAAGUCCCCGGGCUUCCCAGAGAAGUACCCCAACAACCUGGACUGUACCUUCAUGAUCUUCGCACCGCGCAUGUCCGAAAUCGUCCUGGAGUUCGAGAGCUUCGAGCUGGAGCCGGACCCCACGCCGCCCGCCGGAGUCUUCUGCCGUUACGACCGGCUGGAGAUCUGGGAAGGCUUUCCCGGAGUCGGCCCGUACAUCGGCAGGUACUGUGGACAGAACACACCGGGGAGAAUCAUCUCCUACACGGGCAUCCUGGCACUGACCAUCAGCACGGACAGUGCCAUCGCCAAGGAGGGCUUUUCUGCCAACUACACCGUCAUGGAAAGGACCGUUCCGGAAGACUUUGACUGCGGCGACCCCCUGGGAAUGGAAUCUGGCGAGAUAACAUCUGACCAGAUCGUGGCCUCGUCCCAGUACAACCCCAGCUGGUCCCCGGAACGAUCCAGACUCAACUACUAUGAGAACGCGUGGACGCCUGCACAGGACUCCAACAAGGAGUGGAUACAGAGUUCAGCAGGACAGGACGGACCGCCCAGCUCCACCCCCGAUGACGGCGUGAAGAUGAAAAGUGACAUCAUCACCACCAUGAUUGCCCCGCAGGAGUUCCGCAAGGCUCCGUACUCCAAACAGUCCUUUUUCUGCUCUAUAUAA